UGUGAAAUUCAAAGCUGCAACUCAAACCGUUCUGUAAUCCAGUCAACUUUCUUUCUUCGGGUUAGUUCAUCUGAUUAGCAGUUGGUCGGAAUAAAUCGGUCCUGUUGCACGGCGUGCAGAAAAUGUCGUGGGAUUUUAUCGUGCCGGUUUGUUUGGAUGAUCUCGUGAAGUCUGGUGCUGUUAACCAGUAUGUGGUCCAGGAUGUGCUGUCUGUUAAACAGCUCCCCUCUCACAUCAACAGCUUUAAAGCAGCACUGAGAAGUCAAGGGUCCCUGUGCAUCCUGGAGCAUUUUGACACCGCAUACAGUGUUUUGCAACAUUGUCGCACAGUGGAUGUGGCAGUGAAAGAAGACAUGCUGGAGUUGCUGAUACAAGUGGUCAGGGGCCUGUCGGUUUCCCUGCCGACUCUCCUCCUGUCGGGCUCUCUGUCAGCUGUGGACCGCAAACAGCAACUCAACGCUGUGAAAAUGAGUGUUUUUCUGCUAUGCAAACUCACAGAAACACUUGAGAGUGACUCAUACAGGGAGACUAUCGUCACAGCGCCCAGCAAGGGUCGUAAGAAGGACAAAGGUGCCGGAAAAGGUCUCCUGCAGUGGGACGGUGAGAGAGAGACAGUUCUUCAGUGUUUGACUCAACUGCUGCAGCUGGACAUUCGUACUCUGUGGAGUCUGUCUCUAGUGGAGGAGGAGUUUGUCAGCUGUGUGACAUGCUGUUGCUAUAAACUCCUGGAAAACCCCACCAUAAGCCACAUGAAGAGCAAGUCCACCAGAGACGCCAUCAUUCAUGUGCUCGGAAUCAUGGUGAAGAAAUACAACCACAUGUUGGGAGCAUGUGUGAAGGUGAUCCAGCUUCUGCAGCACUUUGAGCAGCUGGCAUCUGUCUGUGCACAAGCUGUGGCCGCCUGGAGCACAGAGUAUGGGGUCAAGGCCAUCGUUGGAGAGGUCAUGAGAGAGAUCGGUCAAAAGUCGAGUGAGGAACUAGCUAGAGAAGCUUCGGGUGUGAAGGCUUUCUCCAGCUUUCUGUCUGAACUCAGUACUCUGGUACCUGAAACCAUGAUCCCCAACAUCAGCGUUCUCCUGGCUCACCUUGAAGGAGAGAGUCCGAGUCUGCGAGUGGCUGUGUGUGAGGUUCUCGGGGAGGUUCUGGUCCGGGUUCUGUCUGGUGAUAAGCUGGAUGAUUCUGCUCGUGCCAGCCGAGAUCGCUUUUUGGACACACUGCAGGAGCACAUCCAUGAUGCCCACUCGCAUGUCCGAGCACGUGUGCUGCAAGUCUAUGCACGAAUUGUCAACAGUAAGGCCUUGCCGCUGUGCAGGUACACUGAAGUUAUGGAGCUGACUGUCGGGCGUCUCGGUGACAAGUCUGUCCAUGUGUGUAAGAGUGCCAUCCAGCUGCUGGCUGCCUUCAUUGCUCAUAACCCUUACAGCUGCAAGUUGAGCAGUGUAGAUCUAAAAAAGCCCCUGGAUAAGGAGAUGGCCAAAUUAAAAGAGAUGAGAGAGAACCAGAAAGAGCAAGUGCCUGUUGCAGUCAUCACAGCAGCUGAUCUUUGGGAUGCAAUGAAGCCUGAGGUGGAGAUGACUGUGAAAGCACAGCUUGAGCCUGGAAGUGAGGAGGAGGAGGAAGAGGAGGUGGAGAAGGAUGACGACGAUACUGGGGGAGAGGGUGAAAGAAGAGACCGGGACACUGCAAUCCAAAUUGCACAGCUUCUCCGGGAAAGUAAAUACAGGAAGGCAGUUGGUCUGUGUAUGAGGGCACACUCCAUGUUCCCGGAGUCAUCAUUCUUCUCAGAUCUGGCUGACUUGAAUGCAGAAAAGCUGAUCAACACACUCGCAACACUUUUCAAGGGCCCAGAGCAAGAGACACCUGAGGCUGCGACGAGUGACGCUCCACUCAGCCCACAGAAAGAGGAUGGAGGUAAUGAAGGGAGAGAGAGUGAACUCAAAAAGCAGGAGAUGUUGGUUCAGUACUUGAAAGACACAGAGAGCUUUGCUCUACAAGUGGAAAGAGCCAUUGCUGUCAUUAACAACAUGCUGUACUGGAAAACUACUACAGUUGUGCAGGAGGCGGUGCAGUUCUGUGUCACAGCAUUUGAGUUUAGUGUGGCUGACUCUGUGUGUGGAGUCAGAAAGAUGCUGCCUCUGGUCUGGUCCACUGAUGUUACGAUCAAGGACGCCAUUAUCCAGGCCUACAGGCGGCUGUACCUCAACCCUCAUGGGGACAACACCAGAGCGAAGGCUCAGACUUUAGUGGACAAUCUGUCAGAGCUGAUGGUCGACGCUUCAUUGGGGACAGUCCAGUGUCUGGAGGAGAUUGUUCAGGAGUUUUUCAGCAAUGAAAGUGCCCUGCAGACUUCAGUGGUACAGGUUUUGUGGGAGAGGUUCUCUGGUAAACGAGAGACUAAGGCACUUCAUAGGAGAGCUGCAGUGCUACUGCUGGGUAUGGCAGCACGUGCUGAGAGGGAGGUGGUUCUGAGUAAUUUGGACACACUCUGCUCUGUCGCUCUGGGUGAGAAGGUUGCUGAAGAUUAUCUGCUGGCUCGAGACACACUCAUCACCAUCGUUAAUAUAACAGACUAUGUGAGGCAAUCCAAGGGUGUCCCCUUCAGGCUUCCAAUGGACCACCAUCUCUUCAGCUGUCUGUCCCAGGCCAUUGCUGAUGGAGUAGUCCAGUCUGACCCCCAUUGGCAGACCUUCAUGGAACAGGCUGUCCGUCUCAUCUACUUCUUAGCAGAGUCACCUGACCAGCUAUGCUCCCAUCUCCUCCAACGCUCUGCUCGUCUCCUAUUGGAACAAAUCACCGAAGGCAGAGAGUCCACCCAAACACCACUGCAGGAAGGUGCGUCCCAGGGCUCUGAGGAACAAGUGAAUUGUGUGAGCUUGGCCCAGGUGCUGUCACUGUGUGGAGCUGUGGCCUUCUGGCAGGUAUCUCACCUUGAGAGGAGUGUCAGCUCUGAGCUACGGCGGAGGAGAGGACAAAAGGAAGAAGAGGAGAAAGAGAAUGCACCUGCCAACAAAAAGGCGGCUAAUGACAGUUGUGUGGAGGAGGAGCUCGGGCUAGUUGGUGCUUCAGCUGAGGACACUGAAGCGGAGUUUAUCCGCAAGAUCUGUGAGACUGAAUUAUUAGCUGAAGGGAACAUGUUGAGUGCAUUUCUGCCUCUGCUGGUGAAAGUUUGCAGUUCUCCAGGCAAAUAUUCCCACCCUCAACUCACCACUGCUGCCUGCCUGGCUCUGUCACAGUAUAUGAUGAUCAGUCCUCCUGUUUGUAAAGACAAUAUCAGGCUGCUGUUCACGGUGCUGGAGAAAUCCCCACUUCCUGUUGUUAGAGCCAACACAAUUGUUGCUCUUGGUGACCUAACAGUCCGCUUUCCCAACAUCCUGGAACCCUGGACGCCCAACCUUUAUGCCAGGUUGAGUGAUGAGAACUCAUCUGUGCGUCUGACCGCCAUCAUGGUGUUGACGCAGCUGGUGCUUAAGGAUGUGAUGAAGGUCAAAGGUCAGGUUAGUGAGGUGGCAGUGCUGCUGCUAGACCCUGAGUCGCACAUUGCCAGCCUCGCUCUCAACUUCUUCAACGAGCUCUCUGCAAAGGACAACGCCAUUUACAACCUGCUUCCAGACAUCAUCAGCCGAUUAUCUGAUCCUGAGCGUGGAAUGAAGGAGGAGGAUUUCAACACCAUCAUGAAACAACUCUUUUCCUACAUCACUAAAGAGAGACAGACAGAGAGUUUAGUGGAGAAGCUCUGCCAACGAUUCAGAACUGCAAAGACCGAGCGUCAGUGGGCAGAUCUGGCCGUGUCUCUUUCCCUGUUGUCUGUGUGCGAGCGAGGUUUCAAGAAGCUGCAGGAGUGCUGGGACUGUUACAGUGAUAAACUCACCGAGUCUGGAGUCUAUCAGCCUCUCCUGUCCAUUGCGGCAAAGCUCCGUAGAAGAGCAAAACCACAGUUUAAGGCACAGGUUGAAGACUAUGAGAAGCGUUUGACGGCUGUUCACACUAAAGGGCUGGAGAAUGUGGAGAGCGAGGAGAGAGAACAGCAGACAGGAGACGCACAGAGCCAAAACUUGCAUACGCCACAGCCACUGAAGAGUGUGCGCAAAUCCACACGAGGCCGUGGUAAACCAAAAUUGGAUGACAGUGAUCUUGUAACCCCAAGAAUAUCUCGUUCUCGUCCCAAACCUGCCAUCACUUUCACCAGUGAUGAAGAGGAAGAGGAUGCUGUCAUGGCUGAGAGUGAGACUCCUAAAGUGACGACACCCAUCGCCCGCACACGACGCACUCGUCUCAGACACUGAGCAUGCUUUUUUUUUUUUAAAUACUAUUUCAUCUUAUUUUAAACAUUAUGUCUGUGACUUUUAAAUGUUUAGUAUUUUAGUUGUCUCCAGUAUGCUAUAAUCUCUGGAUUUUUUUUAUUUUUUUUAAUUAAAAGUUUUUAAAACACAAAAAUAGCUCUGAAUGUUUGCUGUUGCAUAUUGUCUUUUUUAUGUAAAUGCUUUUAAAAUGUUAUUUUUCACACCUGUUGAAGGGUUGCACUAACUAGUUCAUAAAUUAGCAUGUAGUCUGUCACAUUUACAUCCAGUUUUUCUUUGUUUUAAGGCUUUACAAGUGGGACUUUAGUUUUGUAGGCGGUCAUUUCUACUAAUCUGAAGAGAUUUAGUGUCUGUUUUCACGGAGCUGAACUAUGUCUGGACAGCUUUUCUUGGUUCUCCAAUGCUUCCAUUUGUCUUUUCUAGUUUUAUAGGACGCACUUUCAUUUUUAAGUUUGUUGCAAAGAACGGUAAAAACUUUAAAGGAAACUAAAAUAAGAUAAUGGACCGUGUAAAAGUUCCAGCUGUUUGAGUAAUGUCGGGUGGUAGAAACGACCUCAAAGCGCUAAUUUUGUAAAGUCGAG